AUGGAAGCAGCUAGAUCAUUUCUUGCGGAAAUGCCAGUGGAUGUACAAAUGAACAAGUACACUCAGGAAAGUCUUGAAAAAAACAGGAAAAUUAUUAGAUCGAUUAUUUCCUGCAUUGCUUUUUGCGGAUCCCACGACCUAGCAUUAAGAGGGACAAACUAUGGUGAUGGAAUUCUGGAAGGGUUGUAUAAGAUGCGAAUUGACGCAGGAGACACGACUUUAAAAAACCAUCUUGAGUGUGGAAAAAAAAAUGCGAGUUAUCGAUCAGUAGAUAUCCAGAAUCAGAUUAUCAGUAUUUGUGGAGAUGUUAUUAAGGCAGAUAUAAUCAAAAAUGUGAAGAAAUCGGAAGCAUAUAGCAUUUUAGCAGAUGAAACAGCGGACAUCUCUGGUAAGGAACAGCUCUCAGUUGGCAUAAGAUAUUUUGAUGAAGAAACCAGCAACAUUGAAGAAGUAUUCCUCGGAUUUGCUGAGCUUACAGCCUUGGACGCAAAAUCGAUUGCCACGGCAAUAAACGAAUUUCUGACAAUAGAAGAUCUCGAUCCAGAUAAAUGCGUUGGUUUGGGAUUCGACGAUUGUUCCACGAUGUCUGGAAAAGAAGGUGGCGUUCAGGCUAGUUUUCGUAAAAAAUACAUUAAAGCACUAUUUUUUCAUUGCUCGUCACAUAAGCUCAACCUGGUUAUCAAUGACCUGAAUGCUCUGCCUGACAUCCGGAAUACAGUUGGGACCAUCAAAGAUAUAAUUACAUUUUUUCGUGAAUCGGUUCUAAGAAAAUUAAUACCCAAUAUUACCAAGUUGUGCGAAACAAGGUGGAGCGAGAAAUACAAGAGCAUCAGAGUUUUUAAAGAUAAUUUUUGUGCUAUAAUGGAGGCACUAGAAACCUUGUCUCGAGAUGGCAAUAAUGCGACAAGGAAACAUGCGUAUCAGCUCCAUGCUGCAGCUUCCAAAGUUUCUUUUUUUUUUUUUAGCGUUGUAUUGAUAGCUAAAUAUUCCCCUCUUUUAGAACCCACAGUAAACGUGCUCCAAUCAGUCUCCUUGGAUGCGGUUCAGGCAUCCCAGCAUAUUGGUCGUAUUUUAAAACUAAUCAAAAACCACCGUGAAAACCCCGAUAAAGUAACAGAAGAAAUUUUCAAAGAUACUGCUGCUAUUGCGGAAAAAAUUGGAUUGGCUGCUGAAGAUAUAAAAUCAAUACUAUCAAUACCCCGUACUGCUGAAAGACAACAACACCGCAGCAACCUCCCGGCAAAAAGCCCCUUAGAAUUCUGGCGCAGGUCCAUAACAAUUCCUUAUUUGGACUCAUUUAUAAAUUCCCUAGAAAUAAGGUUUUCUGAAGAAAAUAGACCAUCAUUUACUUUAACAAAACUACAUCCUGCGUAAAUGAAAAACAUUUCUUUGGAAGAACUUGAAGAAGCUUGCGAGGAAUUCAAAAAUUUGUACGGUCUUACAAAUAUCAAAAAUGAGAUAGAGCUUUGGAAAAAAAUAUGGGAGGAAAAACCAGAAUCGACCAAAUUGAGUGUGAGUGUUGUGGAAAUCCUCAAGGAAACUGAAGAUUUUUUCCUGAAAUUAAGAAGGCCUUGAAGAUCCUUGUUGCUUUACCUUGUAAGACUUGUACCGUGGAAAGGUCAUUUAGUAGCCUUAGGAGAAUCAAAACCUGGUUGAGGAGCACCAUGUCUGAAGCUCGACUCAAUGGCCUCGCAAUGAUGAGUGUACACAGGCAACACAUUUUCAAAAACUUGAACGAUUUUGUUAACAAAG